AUGAAGCUCGCGUGUCUUGUAUGUGAGCAGGUUGUGGACGUGGUUUCUGCGGAGGAAGCGGUUGCUAGCGGUCAGCAGAGCGUGCGCACUGGAGGCGAAAGGGAACCCCAUGCAAACGCGAAUGACAGGUCUUUUGCUGCUUCCAGCGGUGCGCUUUCGACAGUACGGAUCGCAGAGGGGAAGAAAUCCAUAGCUGAAAGUCCAGACGUAUCUCGCUGCGCUGUGUGCGAUGGUAUGUACCACACAGCAUGUCUGGUAAGGCUGGCAUACGUCGUGGAACGCGUCGAAACAGCGUUUGGAGCGCCUUUUACGUGCAUUCACUGCGUUCAUCGGACGAAACUAAGUGCUGGGAAAACGAGCAUUGACGUGGAAGACAAUACGCUGCCGCUUCUGGUGCCUGCGCUGGCGUUUCCGUUCGUCAGGCGGUCUCGUGCCGCUGGCAAAGCAGGAAACCUGACGAGAACACGUGGAAUGGCCAUGGAAACUGACAGUAUUGCAGGUGACGCAUUUCGUUGCAGCAAUGAUAGCAGCUGGAGAGUAUUUUCGACUGUAGUGGAGGUGUGCACGACGUGCCGACAGGUGCAGAUUGCGACAACCGAGACAACCACGUGUCGUAAGUGCCGCAGUGCUCAGCUGCAUCAACGCUGUGUGGAGCGUUACCCAAUCGAGCGUGGCGUGAAGCCGAAGAGGAGGAAGGUGUUUCGUGGAUUAGGUCGAAAGAGACGGCGGACGUCAUUGAAACCAGCCACGUUUAACUGGUGUUCUCCGUGUUUGACGGAGCAUGGCAACCAGCGAACGAAGCAACUGACUCGUGGAUCCAUUGAGACCCGCACGAUUGCAAUGCUGGUGAACGAUCGGGACAGCAAAACAGACGGAGACGUGAAAUGGUGGAACAAGUGUAGCAUAUGUAUGGAGCGUUUUUGUCUGCAAGACUUUUGCGAUCCGCAGGAAACUGAUGCAAGUGUGAGCGAAGUGCUACAGAACUCGUUAGUGAACGAGGAUCUGGAAGAGGGUUGGUGUUGUGGACAUUGCGCUCCGUUCGCGGCAAAUGCAUUGGUGACGGUGCUGAUUUGUGAUGAGUGCGAUAAGGAAUUUGAUAUGGCGGAAUUGAAUCCUCCAAUUGUCGAGGCUCCCGAGGGCGACUGGUUUUGUUCGGAGUGUAGGGGCGAUACACAGCAAGCUGAAGCUGCAGUUGUACGUGCUGCAAUCCCAGAUGAUGUGGCAACAGCGCCCAUAUGUGAUGGAUGCAAAGGGAAACUAAACAUGGCCGAUAUGCACUCACCGCCUCGGCGUACCCUGAAAGGCGGCAGGUUUUGCAGGAUGUGUGUUUCCACGACGAAUGCCUCUGCCCUACAUGAAGCCACUGAUAGCUCGACCGUACCACUUGUUCCCGUGACGCUACUGAUUUGCGAUUUGUGUGACGAUGAGUUUGAUAUGAAGGCACUGAAUCCGCCUUUACAUGAGGUGCCGUCCGGUGACUGGUUUUGUCCAGCAUGUACUAUCACCAAGAACGGUCAGCAGCUGGACAAGAGCGACCGCCCAAAGGCACAAAGAAGCACAACUUUGCGUAAUCGUGCAAGCAGGCAGCUAGUUGAGACACCGAGACAACCUGUGCCUCUCCCCAGGCAAAAUGUGACCAAGGUGCUCGUACUUUGUGACGGCUGCGCUCACGAGUUUGACCCGUUGACGUUGCAUCCUCCUCUGCUGAAACUGCCCGAAAGUGAGUGGUUGUGUCCUGCAUGCAGCGAUGUCUCCGCAUCAGCUUCAGCUACUGUACGUGUAUGUGCGGUUUGCAACAGCGGCAAGUCCCGUGCGAAUGGAAGUAUUGUCAAUCGAGUACACGACAACAGCGAAUAUGCGGGCAAUGUGAUGCCCUGUGAAGCUUGCCGUGAUUCGCGAGCUGGAGGCACACCCUGUGCGCAGCAAGUGGUCUCUGCGACUGCCAGUGACGAGCAAAACGUUGUGGAACCUUUAGUAGGUGGAAGGAAGCGCAAUGGAGUAUGUGGAGUGAGUGCCAGCCACGAUGACCCUACGAAGCUUAAAUCAUGCUUCACCGGUCCGCCCGUGACCGAUGGUAACUCGGUCGUGAUUCAGCCUGCUGGUCAUCAUGCAUCAAGCAAUGUGUCUGUCGAAGACAACGGCGGCCCAAGUCUGCAUAUUCCGAGGCCAAUUACCAUGGUGGUGCCUUCUGUUGGUCUGGAACAUGAAGAAUGGAAAACUGUCAGUAGUGGAUGGAGUUUUGCCAACCCGACGUUGCUUACUGCCGAUCCGAACGACAAGUACUUAUCCGAGACGAUCUGCGACGUCGGAGAAGCUACAAUCAUCAUUAUAUGCGAUAUUUGCUUUGGAGAAUUUAACAUGCCAGACGUGACAGGUACGGAUCAAGCGAGCGCGGUCCCUGCUCGUCCGUGGUUUUGCAAGCCUUGCCUUAGAGCCCUUAAGCGCAGCAGAAAGAAAAGGCCGCGAUUUUCGCGGCAAAUGGUGACGGAAAUGCAAGUUCAUGGUCGCCUUUUGCGUGCGACGUCUGCAAAAGUCUCCACCCAUGAUGCUGUAACUCGACCUGGUACCCCACCAACCUCGCGCGAAGAACGGCGUGAGAUGUACGAGCUCGUCGGCAGAAGUGUGGGCGUGUUUUUGGAGUGGGAUAACCAGUGGGUGAUGGGUCGUGUGACGACAUUUCAUGCUACCCACCCUGCAAUGCACCAUACCAUUCGCUGUGACGAUGGCGUGGUUCUAUCGUUACCGCUGUACGCGUUUCCAUUGGUGAUCGGGACGCGCACUAUGGUUUACGUCAAAGUUCCAGCACUGCAAAACCGAUGGUGGCCUGCCCAAGUCUUGCGCUUCAAUGCCCUUGCACGCAGAAUGCACUUCCCAGUCUACGGUAAAGAGACUGAAGCCGAUGCGAGUUUUCGUUUGGUACGAAUAUUUACCGAUACUGGUGAGCACGUAGAGACGACACAGUACGUGUCCUGCUGGGUCCCCAAAUACCUUUGUCGGAGCAUGAAAUGGUUCGUCCCGCGAGAUUCAAAUGUUGUUGCAACGACGAAAACGAUAGAGAAUGUGGCAGAAAGGUUUCGAAAAUUAGUGGAAAGGGCACAGAAGGAGACACAACUUGAGACCGAGUGUUUGGACCGCGCUUUUCAAAUAUUGCUAGCCGUGUUCCGACGAGCUUUGUCAAAUCGUGGACAGCCAGAGGUUAGACAACGCUACGAUCAAGUCGCCAAGUUGAUGGUGGGGAAUACUAUUGUUGUCACAUCGGCGGGCUCAUGCGACCUACUACCGGGAACAUUUUUGGUGAAAAGGUUUGACAGCGAUGCGAACAAACAUGUCAUUUCACCCCGUGGCGAUACGGCCAGUGUCGACGAUGGCAAUUCCGAUAUUGUAGUCGAUCUGCUUCUAUGUGCUCAUGGUGGUAUUGUGUACCAUCUGGACGACACCCGCGCGUUUAGUGGGCUGGCAGUUCUGCUCGAGUAUAGUGGGUCUGAUCUGGGCGUGGGCAUUCCAGGAGACUUUCACUCCAAAGAGCUGCUAGAGAAAGCCAUUGUCGAAGAAUCUGGCAUGCUUCGAGACUCAGCAGACGCUGCUCGGGAACGUGAAAAAGAUUGUACGAUGAAUCCGUGUAGUCACUGCUUUAUGGAUUCAGACGAAUGCCAGGAAGACACCGAUACACGCAAUACAAAACGCAGCCAAGACCAUGCAGAAGAAUUGACGGUGUGCGUGAAAUGCGAUCGACGGUUUCACAAAACCUGCUGCGAUCCGCCGCGCGCAUCGAUAUCGCUUGUGCACCCGGAUGACGGACAGGUGCUAGUGAAGGAUCUGAACAUACCGUUUGUGUGCAGUGAUUGCACGGUUUGCUCAGGGUGCCAUACGAAUAAUUGCGAAGGACCGCUUCAACCCGAGCAGAUUUACACCAGCGAGAAAACAGUGCUGAAUGGUGAAGAAGAGUGCCGAGCAACACGAUGGUCUCGGUGGCGGUUACCGUUACAGGCCGUCGCGCUUUGCUCGAAGUGUGUUCCUUACUACAAAGCCAACCAGUUUUGUGGUGUUUGUAGUACUGUCUUGGAUGACGCACAAGUGACAAGUAACGUCAAGAUGCUGGCAUGCUCGACAUGCCAUCACUGGAUCCACGCUGAUUGCGAACCGGAUCCACACUCGGCUUUCCAUGCGUUCGACAGUACCAAUGACUUUGCACUAGACGUCAUGACGGAUACAUCUGGCAAUUUAUCGAGUCCGCCGGAUGCGAUGGCCGAUUUGCGACCCAUUGUUACUAUAGCAAGCCACGAAGGUGACACGAAAUUGACGUUGGAUGUGAAAGCUGUUGUUGAAAGUCGUUGUGCAUCAGAUUACAAAACACAAUUGAGCGCGACAUAUUCUGCAAACAGAGACGACACAGUUGUCAAGAGCGCCAAGCAGGUAGAAGAAGAUAUCGCGCGUUCUUUGCGGUUUGGAGCUGAGUACGAUCCAAAGGUGUUUCAUAAUUACGAGUGCCUAACGUGUCGCAAGAUCCGUAUGCUGCACAUUCUUCAUCGUCUGGAUGUCGAAGACAAGCUGGACCUGUUCAAGGAACCAGUGACCGAGGCAAUUGCGCCUACGUAUUUCGAGACAAUCAAGUCACCAAUGGAUUUGAGUUCUAUGCGGCAGAAGGUCCUCGAAGGGAGGUACAGAAGUGUUAAUUUUCGCGUCUUUCGGGACGACUUUGAGCUGAUGUGCUUAAACGCGGUAACCUUUAACUCAAAGGAGCGUGAUUUCUUGGUUUGGCGCGAGGCUUGGCGGUUCUAUGGCCAGGGGCAGAGAAUAUUCAGGCAAAUCGCACCAAAGGCACGAAUGAAGCAUCGUGGAGGACGCUACCAUGAUGCUCUGUUGGUUGCAGCGAAGCGGCAGCUGCCAAACAAUUCUGCGCUUGCAGGCAAAACGCAGUCUAGUGGUGAUUCGUUCGAGAAUGGCAAAGACGGUUGCGAUAACGAGGAUGACGACGAUCUUGACGACGAUGAAGACGGCGACAACGGCUCGGAUGCAGGGUCGGAUGUUUUUGGUGGGGGAGGUAGGAAUCGCGAAAAAGUUGCCACGUCGAAGAGUUCGGCUCGCAAGUAUGGUUCGGAAGCUGCAUCGGCUCACAAUAGCGAUGCAAGCAGCGCGUUUCUCGAUUACGCAAGACAAGGUAAGCGAAGCGAGUCUGCGAUUGACAUCGCGCCUGCAUCGGCAACAAACGGAGCAGCACCAGCUGCCACCACGGCACUUGUUGAGCACCUUGUAGGCGCAAACGCGUCACCCAUUUACCAGACGAAGCUCCGUGUAAGCAGCUUCACCUCGCGUAUACCGCUUUUCCAGAUUGCACAGACGCAAGCAUCAGCACAUCUCUCGAGCUGGUUAGAUAUGUGCACAGUGUGCGGCAGUGCGGGACUGCAUAGCGACUUUAUCUUUUGUGUGGACUGCGGAGAAGGCUUCCAUCUAUUCUGUGUCCCUGGAAUGGAGGCUACUGGUAUAGACGGCAACGAGCAACUGCGUAAAUAUUGGCGCUGCCUCAACUGCAAGAUCUGCCAGGUAUGUGGUCGAUCUGGAACCGUUUGCGUACCCGACAACAGGAGCAGUCGUGCUGUUGCUACUGCUGGAAAUGUGGAUGUGCUUGUUCCGGCUACGCAAAUGGCUGGAGUGGAGCUGGAUUCGGCGCACGAGUUAUCUGCGGGCGAUCCACUUGUGCUAUGCGCGCAUUGUCAUCGCGGCUAUCAUGGGUCAUGCCUAGUACCGUCUAUCCACUUACCUUCAGCUUCCAAGAGAGGCGACGGUAGCACAGUGGUUCCGACUAUUUACUGCUCUAGUUGCAUGGCGUGCACAAACUGUAAGGCUGCUAAAGGUGGCAGCAUUGAGUCUCCGAAGUCAGAAGAUACGAAGAAGAACCAGACACUCACAGCUGCUCGCACGUAUAGUUACGAGCGGAGCAAGUGUUUGCAUUGCCAUAGCUUCAAGGAGCGUGAAGCAGAAGCACAAAAGGAUCGUAAUCGACUGUUGGCGGAAGUUUGGAAUGCUGCAGCGCGCAAGCGCAAGAGAGACGCAGACAAGUGUCCGCUCUGUCGACGCAAGUGGCAUGCUGAGUUUGAAGAGCUUAUGCAAUGCGAUGCUUGCGAACAUUGGGUGCAUCCAUUGUGUGAUGCGAUGUUGAAAGCGGAGCCGCAGCGUUAUCACACGCUGGUAAAUGAUGCUAAUGCGGUGUACGUAUGUGCUGCUUGUCGCCCACAGGAACGUAAGCACAUUGCCGACAAGUUCUUUUCUGACGCUGAUAGCUGGCGCUGUCAGAUACUUCUUGCUGAUAUCCAGCGUAAGCGCUUACAAUGUGAUUCGAGUUGGAGGGAAACCCAAAUGCAGCUAAGACAGGUUGAACGUUGGAAACGUCUAGCCGACCACACGCCUGUCUACCUGUACGUGCUGCGCCUGGGCGAAGAGUGUCUUCGGGACUUUGCUUAUCAAAGUCUCAGCUUUCAAAGCAACUGGUACCGUGUUACGAAGCAGCAGGAACUGGACAAAUGCGGAGUCCUUUUGCCCGAGUGGCUACUGCGCAAGGCAAGUCGCUACAUGCGGUUCAAGAGGUACGUGCGUGGGCCACGCGCAGCGGCGCGGCGUCGCGAUCGCAAACUGGAGAAUUGUCAUUCGAAGCAAGCUGAUAGUGCAAACGCUCGCACGAAUGCAAGCGCCAUCUGCACGCUUGUUUCUGAGGCUGCUAGCUGUGCUGCUUUCUUGGCCUGUGUGCAUCUGCUGUAUGGGUGGCGUCCGCUUCCUGAGGUUGUUAUUCAUAUGCUGUCAAGAAACGAGGGACCGGGUGUUGGCGUGGAGCAUUGUAGGCUAGACGCGUCGCUUCUAAGGCGUCUACGAAGUGGUGAAAACGUUCAUGACGAGGAAGCAAAAUCGGGGCUGGAGUUGGAGAAGGAAAUCGCGGCUAUCAUGGAGCAGCAUGACCGCGAAGUUAUGGAGCCACUCACGCAUAAACCGUCAGUGGGGCUUACGAGAUGUGAUUUCGGCAAUGGCGAAACUAGCCCUGCAACGUCGAUUGCAACUUCAUCGAGCGGGAGAACGGACUUUUUGACGACUAGCCAAAGCAGUGUUACGUUGAAGGCGGCAAGAUCAGCUCGAUGUACGACUGAAGUCAACAUACACACCGUCACGCCUGCUUGUCGUCAAGUGCACGAGUCACCAUUGUCAGCAUCCUCGACGAUGGUACCUCGCGCACUUGACGAUGCCGAAGAAAGCGUCAGUAUGGCUUGCACGACAACUGCAACGCCGCUGCGAGGUCGGCCAGCCGGAAUUUUUGGCGACAUGAAUGACGGCGAGUCCUCGGGGGUAUUGACGACUGAUCUAUUUGACGACAGUCGGUCUUGUGCGCUAUGUUUCGUAGUUGGUGACAACACGGCGUGCGGAAGAUUGCUUUACACCGAAUUUGAAACUUGGGUGCAUGUGAAUUGUGCGCUUUGGUCCAUGGAGGUAUACGAAGGUGAGUCAGGUGUGUUGCACAACUGCAGCAAAGCAAAACAUCGCAGUCGUCUCAUCCGCUGCAAUGUGUGUGGACUCAUGGGGGCAACAAUUGGCUGCUCUGUUGCUCGCUGCACGACGCACUACCACUUUCCGUGUGCAGUGGAUGCUGGAGUCGCCUUUCUGCCCAAUGGCGAGACUUGCUGCCCUCUUGCACUGCAUUUGGAGAGCGUGGCACGGAAACUAAAAGCCGUGAAUGGUGGGUCGUUGGCUUUCACAAGAACGAUUGGUGGAGCUGAGUCCAAGGUAGAAGCUGUCGUACAAGUAUGCUCUGGAAACGAACAAACAGGCGCUAUAAAAGAUGGUCUAAGAACGGAUGACGAAACCAGUGGAACGGUUGGUACGACUGCCUGGCACGGUCAAGGCACAACAGAAUCCAACGCACUAUCUGCCACAGCUGACAGUGCCAGUAGUACUGCGAUGGCAACAUUUACACGUGACAUGAAGGCAGAAAAUGUCCCGGACAAGAAGACAAGCGACCGUGGAUCACGAAACACUGGACAAGACAAGUCAAAGCUAAAUGCUGAAAGCAAAACCGCAGUUCUGCAGCAGAUAGAGCACGUGCUGCCUGUCAUUGACCCUCGAACAGAACCGCGAAGAUGCCUUGUCAGUGAUCCACCCCUUUUGACAGCGUGGGAGUUGAAGAAGAAGAAGCGAGCAGAGCUCAAACGUGGCAUCAAGCCACGAACGAUGUGCUACCGCGUCGGCGCAUUGACUGUCCAUUCUCUUGGGCACGUUUUUGUCGGGAACGAAAGCUUUCACUCACGAACGGCUAUUUAUCCGCUAGGCUUCCGCAGCACGCGUAUUUUCUGGAGUACGCGCAAGUUGGGAACGCGAUGUCUGUACGAGUGUGUAAUAUCGAGCACCGAGAUUGAAGAGCGACGCGCUCGGCGACGAAAAAAGCUGGAAAAAGGGGCGGUCGGCACAGAACGAAUUGAAGACACCGAGUACAAUCGACCGCAGCAGAAACCACGAGCACUGUUUCGACUGACGGCUUCAGACGACAAAGAGCGACCCAUUGUUGCUUCCACACCUGAGGAUGCAUUAGUUGAGCUCCGGAGCCGCGUGGUAGCUCUGUACGAAGAGCAGCGAGACCCUUGUGCUAGCUCCCGACACGUUGGUCGAAGCGCUACGGUAGACAUGGAGCCAAACCCAUUUCUGAAGCGCAGCUCGUGGCUCUCUUUUGCAUUGAGAGGCGACUUCUUCUUUGGCUUUGGGUUAGCUGAGAUCGCCCGCCACAUCGAGGAGCUUCCCUAUGCUGCAACUACCGCAAUCAGCCGCUGGUCUGUCGCGAAGAAGCUUCGACAGCAGCAGCAACGUCAGGGGCAAAGCCCGUUACCUGGUUCUGCGGUUGCAACGUGGGGACCUGGUUCGCGGAAGAGAUGCUUGGAGACAAUGGAACAAAGUGCUGAAGGUGCAGCGGAAGCGGUUGAUGCAAUGACCGAAGGUACCGAUGAAGAACAGCAAUACGAGUUUGCACACGAGCUGCCAUCUCUCGAAGCUUUUCAGACGGCGGAACGCGUGAUCGAGCAGUUGGUCCGGGCUGAGCAGCGUGCGCGGCAAUCUUCUGGGUGCGCCCGGACCGAUGGCUUUGCAGGCAACCGCCUCUUUGGCAUGCCAAAGAAAAGGAAAACAUUGCCGCAGCGCCAAGUGCUUAAUAAAGAAGCGAGCAACGAGCCUGUGCCUGGAGCUGCGAACAAUGGGAGUAUCGGAAGUGGGGUUACAAGCACUGGGGGCGUGGCAAUGGACAUCGAGCAUUUGCCGAUUACGAUGCAGUAUCGGGAAUUGCGCCGUCGGCCAUUUGGCGAGCGCAUGUUGGUACGCAAGUCGUCUAUCCAUGGCUACGGCUUGUUUCUAAAAGAACCCGUGAACGAAGGACAGAUGAUUGUCGAGUAUCAAGGCCAAAUCGUGGGUCAACUCGUAGCAGACGCACGAGAACGACGCUACGAGGAGCAAGGGGUUGGCAGCUGCUACAUGUUUCGACUGGACGAAAAGACGAUUAUCGACGCCACGCGUUGCGGUAACCUCGCGCGCUUUAUCAACCAUUCGUGCGACCCAAAGGCUUUUGCGCGUGUCGUAGCGGUAGAAGGUGGCGAGAAGAAAAUUGUCAUCUUUGCCAAGCGUGCAAUUGCGAUGGGGGACGAGGUGACGUACGAUUACAAGUUUCCGAUCGAAGACGAAGCGAUUCGCUGCGAUUGUAAUGCUACUAAUUGUAUUGGCCGGAUGAACUAG